AUGGCGCUGUGUUCAAAUUUUGCCAUCGGCUCGAUUGAGCAAUCCGAAACCAAUCGUCGAAUCGCACAUGGCUCUAUCCAUCCAUCGUGGAAGGCCUUGCCCCAAGAGCUCCGGCUUAUGGUACUCGAGAAGCUCCCGCCGCUGGCUAAAGAAAGACACGAGAUGGCACGUUGGUCCAGCGUCUCGAAGGAAUGGCAAUGUUUCUUUGAAGCUGGAAUUUUUCAAAGUUUGAGCAUCCGGCCCUGCAGAAGAGGAAUCGGUCGCAUGGACCAGGUUGUGAGAGGCUACCGGAUGAAGCUUGUCAGGAAUAUCACCCUCCUCAUCGGAACAGCGGAGUUUACUGGCGCAGAAUACAAUCAGCGAGAGGAAGUCGAUACGGUAGCGGCAAUCAAUGUGCAUGCGCCCUUGCAACGUCUUUCAUCGAUCCUCUUGUCACCGAGCACAGGCGAACCGGACUGGAAUUUCUUGAUAUCGGCGGCAGGAAUGGCGGCAACGCAUAUGCCCAAGCUCGAAACAAUGGAAGCUUUCAGUCCAACGGAGCCAUUUUCAUUCUCUCUUCGAUUCGAUAUUGGAGAAGGUAACACAGCAAAACUCACGACUGCAGCGACAUGGCAACUGGAGAUUCCCGGGGCCGUUAUCAAGCCAUGGCAACAGGUCGCAGAUCGCCGUGCCCUACGAUUGAUUUGCGAUGUAGAGACUAUUGAGACGGAGGAAUUACACUCUAAGCUGCGACUGUUCCCAAGUAUAGCAGAGUGGUAG